UCAUGAAUGAUUCGAUCAUCAUAAUUUAACCAUUUAGAGUUGUCUUUCGAAUCUAACUACAAUUUUACGAACAGUCAAACAAUAUGUUUAUCCUAUUGAAACUUAAUUUUUAAUAGGUGCCCAUAGAAAAAAAUUGUUACUAAAUUUUUUAAAAUCUCGAACAACCAAAUGUAAUUUCAGUCAUAAACAAUAUAAGACCACAUGGGGGAUGUCUUCGCAUAAAAAAGGGAGCUUAUAUUUUGUAUAUUUUUAAUUUUCUCUCCUAUUAUUUUUAGAACUUUGCUACGGUGCAUUGCAAGUCACCGUAACUUGCACUUUUCGGUCGGCCUCAGUUAGGAUUAGCCUAAUCUGUUGUUUCAGUGUAAAAAUAGUUUCAUGGUUCCUACUUUGGAGAUUUAUAUCUUACGAUUGGCUCGACGGAAAUUGGAGAUUAAUGGCUUGUUUUGAAUAUGGAGUGCCUCUCUACACAUUGAAGUACUUGGAAGCUCGCUAGAAAGUCUAGAAGACCAUUUUUGAACCUGAUCAAAAGACUAUUCCAAAACUGGGAAACUGCCUGAAAAUGGCCAAGUUUGGGAACGUGUUUGUGAAACAUAAUUUGGAGGUCAAUUCGAGAAGAAUGGAAGAGAGUCAAGUCCAUGGGCCUCUACCACAUGACAUUAGGUAUGUUUUCCUACAAAGGAAAGGCAUUGGAUGAAAGAUUGGAUAUCUGGAAGGCUUCAAACAAAAAGCUCGAAGUUGAUACGAAGGUUGUUUUUCUGGCAGGUUGCUUGUGCUAGAAGGUAGCUUACUUCGUAGCAACUUCGAGCCUUUUGUUUGAAGCCUUCCAGAUAUCCAAUCUUUCAUCCAAUGCCUUGCCUUUGUAGACAAACAUACCUACUUUCAUGUGGUAGAGGCCCCUGGACUCGACUCUCAUCCAUGCUUCUCAAAUUGAGCUCGAAAGUAGGCUUCACAAACACGUUCCCAGACCCUUGCCAUUUUCAAACAGUUUCCCAGUUUUUGCAUAGCCUUUUGAUCAGGUUCAAAUAUAGUCUUCUGGACUUCCUAUUGAGCUUCCAAGCACUUCAAUGUGUAGUGGGACACUCCAGCUUCAAAACAAGCCAUUAAUCUCCAAUUUCCAUUGAGCCAAUUGUAAGAUAUGAAUCUUCAAAGUAGGCACCAUGAAACUGGUUUUACACUGAAACAACAUAUUAGGUCGACCUAAUCCUAUCUGAGAUCGACCGAAAAGUGCAAGUUAUGCUGACUUGCAAGGCAGCGUAGGCGCACCCUUAUUGUUAUCUCUCUCAAAAAAUUCGACAUAUAUUUUCUUUAACCAUGGUCAAUAAGCAAUUUUGUUGGGCUUUGUCAUUAGGCCCAACAAUGAUGUUAAUGGCUGGGAGGGUAAAAAGAGAAAAGCUUUCUUUUGGGCAAAACUAGGAGGGAGCAUUGGGUGGUUGAACCCACAAAUCCAACCAAAUCCACCCGCAAUUGACCCACUCAUUAUCAUGUGAGUGGUUUUUAUGGGUGGGUGUGGGUUGUAAAAUGGAGGACCCACAAAAGAUUGGGUGGGUGCAGGUGAACUGUGGUUGACUCACGAGCCACCCAACUUCUUACCCCCAAACCAUCAAAGCUCUAACAUAUAGUUUUAUCGAAAGUGAAACCCUACAAAUCACAAAAUUUCUCUCAACUUCGAUCUAAUGAUUGUGUUGUGAGGUGUGCUAAGGCAAUUGGAGGUACGCUUAAGCAUAGCAAAUAGACAAAUGGAAAAAAAAGACAGUUGUCUUCCCAAAAUGACACCAUUUCAAACUACCACUGAUUUGUCCUUCAUUCCUUCCAUCAAUUUGGCAUUGUAAUUUGCGACUAUAGGUUGAAAAGUAUUUAGCUCACAAAGCCUAGGCAAAUGAGGCACUAGGCAAGACCAAAACAUUUGCCUUAUGCCUAGUGCCUACUCAAACCUUGGUUAUUAUCAGGCUUAGAUUAUGUUUAUCAGUUGAAUAUUUUGUAAUUUGUGGACAAUUGCCAAUACAAAAACAUUUUUGGGAAGAUAGUUGUCUUCCCCAAAAUGACAUCAUCUCAAACUACCACUAAUUUGUCCUUCAUUCCUUCCAUCAAUUUGGAAUUGUAAUUUGCGACUAUAGGUUGAAAAGUAUUUAGCUCACAAAGCCUAGGCAAAUGAGGCACUAGGCAAGGCCAAAACAUUUGUUUUAUGCCUAUUGCCUUCUCGAACCUUGGUUAUUAUCAUACUUAGACCAUGUUUAUCAGUUGCAUAUUUUGUAAUUUGUGGACAAUUACCAAUUCUAAUAUUGUAAAAUAAGUUAUCCGCCCGAUUUAUGGAUUAUGACUUAUUUAGUUUAAAAUUUCUUUCAUUUUAAUUUUAAAAAUACUGAAAUUAUGUGAUCAUAUGGAAUAUAUUUUGUGAACUUACCGAAUCCACCCAACCACCCAUCAUCCGUAAUCACCCAACCCACCCACAUGUAAUGCUUGGGUGGGUGUGGGUCAUUUUUUCCUUCACCCACCACAUAGUGGGUGGUUCCAAAACCAUCCAAAUCUGCAUAAAGCCACCCACUGCUCACCCCUACUUGGCACUACUAAUUUCGCACGCCAGAUUAAAGACCUCAGGCAUUUAGCAUCUCGUGUUCGUAAUUCUUAUCCUGUCGACUGGUCGGAGCUAGCAAGGGUGGAAGCGGAAUUAUCUCGUGCUUGGGCUGCGGAAGAAAGGUACUGGAAACAAAAGUCCAAAGUCCGAUGGUUACAAGUUGGUGAUAAAAACGCAAAAUAUUUUCAUGUCGUCACACGGGCUCGACGCCGACGUAAUCGAUUGAAAGGGUUGUUUAUCUCUUCUGGUCGUUGGGUUACGGAAGAAGAUGAGAAGCUAGAAGUGGUAAUUGAUUUCUAUAAAGACAUGUUCUGUACUGGAAAUCCAGAUCCAAACUAUGUUGCUCGUGUUGAUACCUUUCUUUCCUCACUUCCUAUUAAUCAUUUGGUCUCUCAUUAUAUGAAUCAACUUCUUAUGGCUCCUAUUUCUCCUACUGAAAUUAAGGACAUUGUUUUUCAGAUGGGGAAAUUAAAGACGCCUGGGUCAGAUGGGUUUACGAGCAGCUUCUUCAUAACUUUUUGGCCAAUCGUUGGGAAUAGCGUCAUCAAGGCUAUUACAUCAUUCUUUACAUCUGGUAAGCUUCUUCGAAACAUGAAUCAUACGUGGCUCACUCUAAUCCCCAAAGUUGAUGUGGUUGAACGUGUUUCCCAACUAUGACCAUUUAGUCUGUGUCAAUUUUUGUACAAAGUGAUUACAAAAUUUUUGCCACUCGGUUAGGUGCAAUUCUACCUAAUCUUAUUUCUCCAUAAAAUAAUGGUUUGUUAGAGAUUGAAAAAUUGUGGCCAAUGUUCUGGUGGAACACGAGGUGUUUCAUUUUGUUAAGAAUAAGCGCCUUGGUCGAGAGAAAUUCAUGGUUUUGAAGCUGGACAAGGAGAAAGCGUACGUUCGAAUUGAAUGGCCUUUUUUAUUUGCGCUUCUUCGAAAGCUAGGUUUCUCCGCCACUUGGAUUCACUGAGUGCAACAAUGUGUUACUACCCAACAUUCUUAAUCAUGGUUAAUGGCCAACCUUCUUGGUAUUUUGCAUCUUCUCGUGGGCUUCAGCAAGGCGGCCAUUUGCCUCCUCAUUUGUUCGCAUUGUGUUCUGAAGGAUUCACAGCUCUUAUUCGGAAAGCCAUCUUAUCAAGGGAGCUUCAUGGGGUUUGCUUGAAUCAUAGGUGCCCUUUAGUUUCUCAUCUCAUAUUUGUAUACGACUCCUACUUGUUCUUGAGGGCUUCGGUCCGAAAUGGAAAUAAUUUGUUGCGUUUACUUCAUGAUUACGAAAGCAUGAGUGGUCAAAAAGUUAAUCUUCAGAAAUCAACAGCUUAUUUCAGCUCGAAUUUGACUCAAGUGGAACAAGAGGAUUUGGGUACUCGUUUAGGUGCCGGAUCCAUUGGGCUUCAAGAUCGUUACUUUGGUCUACCGUCGUGGAUUGGUCAUUCUAAGACGGGCACUUUCCGGUUUGUUGAAGAAAAGCUUCUCAUGGUUUAGCAGGGUUGGAAAUAGCGUUGUUUGUCCCCUGCCGCUAAGGAAGUCCUCUUGAAAUCGGUUGCAGCGGCCCUCCUUGUCUACAUCAUGUCUUGUUUUCAUCUUCCUUCUGAGUUAAUUCGGAGGUUGAAUGCCCAUAAGGUCAGGCUAUGGUGGUGGGGUGGGGGAGGCACCGUCUGAACAUCGUAGGAUUCAUUUGCGGGCUUGGAAAUCUUUAUGCUUGAGCAAGUUUGAGGGAGGUAUCGGCUUUCUGGAGUUUGGAUAUUUCAACCAAGCUUUAUUGGCUAAAGUUGCUUGGUGGGUGCUAUUGGAACCAACUUCCUUAUUAGCAAGAAUAUGGAAGGGGCGAUAUUUUGAGGAUGAUUCCUCUAUUCUCUUCACCUCCGCAGGAUCUAAUCCCUCUUGGGGAUGGCGUAGUGUUCUGUUUGGUAGGGAUUUGUUGGUGUAGGGAGUUCGUUGGAAGGUGGGGGAUGGACAAUCAAUUCGAGCUUUUCAUGAUCCAUGGAUCCUGGAUUCUACUCCGCGAAUUCCUCAUGUUCGGCCAGCGGCAGCAGCUUUUAAUCCUUAUGUUGCUGCAUUGAUUGAUCUAGGGGAUCGUUCCUGGAAUCACGCCGCACUUCAGCUUUUCUUUUCGGAGUCUGGUCGAAAAGAUUUCCCGAUUCCUUUGACAAAACAGUCAGUUUGGGAUAAGCUAAUCUGGCAUUUUGAAGCGUGGGUAUAUUUUUGUUAAGUCAACUUAUCAUAUUGUGCUUCAACAGGUUCGAUGUCCUCCUCGUAAACAUGGUGGUGGACUAGGAAAGUUCAGCCAAAGUUAUUGUUCUUCAUUUGGCAAUCUCUUCUUCGAAUUCUCCCAACUCGAGAAGCCUUGGUCAUGAGGGGAAUGGAUUUAAUUCCAAUUUUCCCGGUCUGUGGUCGCCAUGAGGACCCCUUAGAGCAUAUUUUCUUCAAAUUCCCUCUGGCAAAAAAAUUAUGGCGCAUUACUGGAUUUCAAGGGCUACUUAGCAAUUGGCAUCUUCAGUCUUUUGCAGGUUUCUUUCGUUUCACUUUAUUUUCUGCAACGGUGAAAGAUAAUGAUUAUCUCAUUCUGCAAAUUACGUGUUCUCUAUGGAGAAUAUGGAAGAAUCGCUGCACGGUUUUCUUUGAUCGGAAACAGAUUCUGGUUACGACUCUGGCUGCGCAAUGGAGGCAUCAAGUGGCCGAGGCUGAAAAUGUUUUACUGCUUCCUUCUUCCACUACCCAAACUCUUGAUACCCAUCCACGAUUAGCUCCACAUUUUCACACCUCCCAUCAUCAAUUUAGGGCCACAUUUGAUGGUGCUACCCGAUCGGGCCAUGCAGGUACUAUCGCUUUUAUUAUUAUGGAUGCUGAUGGUUUAGUAUUGGCAGCUUCUGCUACUAGCUAUGUUGGCAUACAAGAUCCUUAUAUCUUGGAAUCUUUGGCCCUGCGGGAUUGUAUCUUGGAUUGUGGCCGGAGGCACCUCUCCUAGAUUUCUUUCGGUGGGGAUGCCAAGCUCAUUAUAGACAAAUGUGUUCAGCGCCAUUUUGAUGAUGGGAAGAUUGGCAGUAUUCUUCAAGAGAUUGGUACAUUAGUGGACUCUUUACAAGAUAGUUCUUUGACGUUCAUUGGUCGAAAUUGUAACAGAGAAGCUCAUUUUGUGGCUCGUCGCGCUCUGUUUAUGCCGCCCCGCUUGUUGAAGGAGUUCGACUUUGUUUCAUGGCUUCAUAGUAGAUAGGGUCUAGUUUGGAUCCUUGUAUAUCGUUGAUUCUGACUUUCCUUCGAGUUAUGAAGAAUCGAAUGGAGAAAAAAAUAGCAAGUUAAUCAAAAUAUCAGGCAGAGCAGUUUCAUCCCAGGCAGACAAACUGCAGACAAUAUCAUUGUUUUCAAGAAGUCCUACACUCGCUCAGGAAGAAAAAAGGAAAAAGAGG